AUGGCGGGCAACAGCACUAAAGUCAGUCCGCAGGGUGGCAUCCUCGAAGGCGGCAACCCAACUCAGUAUGACCCCAAGAACCCACUGGUCUUGUUUAUUAUCCAGGCUGUCAUAAUCAUUGUGCUAUGUCGUCUACUUCACUGGCCUCUUUCGAAAAUUCGUCAACCUCGAGUUAUCGCAGAGGUGAUCGGCGGAAUUAUUCUGGGCCCAUCGGUGAUGGGUCGCAUCCCCGGAUUUACUGACGCUAUUUUCCCGCCCGCCAGUAUUCCCAGUCUCAAUGUAGUCGCCAAUCUGGGCCUGGUACUUUUCCUAUUCUUGGUCGGCCUCGAGACCGACCUCCGUUUCUUGAUCAGUAAUUGGCGGGUCGCUUUGAGUGUGUCCGCUGCGGGGAUGAUCUUACCAUUCGGGUUGGGCUGUGCUAUCUCAUAUGGCCUCUAUCAUGAGUUCCACGGUGACCCCGGGACCAAGCCCAUUGCCUUUGGUACUUAUCUACUGUUUAUUGGUAUUGCGAUGGCAAUCACGGCCUUUCCUGUGCUGUGUCGUAUUCUCACUGAGCUGAAGCUGCUCUCAACCCGCGUCGGUGUUAUCGUACUGUCCGCCGGUGUUGGCAAUGACGUGGUGGGAUGGAUCCUGCUUGCGCUUUGCGUCGCUCUUGUCAACGCGGGCAGUGGUAUCGCAGCUCUAUAUGUGCUGCUGGUCUGCGCCGCCUACAUGCUCUUUUUAACUUUCGCUUUCCGCCCGGUGUUUCUGCGCUUCCUCGAGAAAACGGGCAGCCUGCAAAAAGGACCCAGUCAGUCGGUCGUGACUCUAACCCUCCUCAUUGCGUUGGCCUCGGCCUUCUUCACACAGGUCAUUGGUGUUCACGCCAUUUUUGGAGGUUUCGUUAUCGGAUUGAUUUGCCCACAUGAAGGUGGAUUUGCCAUCAAGCUCACUGAGAAAAUUGAGGAUGUGGUCGCUGCUAUUUUUCUGCCACUUUACUUCACCCUGUCUGGUCUGAGUACUAACCUUGGCCUGCUUGACUCUGGAAUUGUCUGGGGUUAUGUGGUGGGCGUUAUUGCCAUCGCGUUCAUUGCCAAGGUCACCGGAGGCGCUGUUGCGUCGCGGCUUUGUGGUCUUUUAUGGCGUGAAAGCUUUUCGAUCGGUGUUUUGAUGAGUUGCAAGGGUUUGGUAGAAUUGAUUGUAUUGAACAUUGGCCUCCAAGCCAAGAUUUUGAGCACUCGCACCUUUACUAUUUUUGUCGUUAUGGCCUUGGUCACCACAUUCCUUACCACACCGUUGACUACCAUGCUGUACCCAGGGUGGUACCAGGUCAAGGUCGAGCGAUGGAGACGCGGAGAAAUCGACUGGGAAGGGAACCCUGUACAGCGCGAUGACCGCAAUGAUAGCGUCGCCCUUGCCAAGAAUCAGUUGAAGACUGUCCCAGUACGCAAGCUCCUCGUCUACCUUCGUCUCGACGGUCUCUCAGGUGUCUGCACCGUCGCAGCCCUCCUUAGCUCAAAGCGACGGACAUCUGUAUCAUCACGCAUCCACCCUGCAAAGAUGCCAAAGCAAACCGAACAAACGAUUGAAGAUCCCAUUACGUCAGAAGAGGAAGAAGACACCACCCUCAAGGUGCACGGUGUUAGGCUGAUGGAAUUGACUGAUCGUGACUCCAGUGUCAUGAAAGUUGCUGCUGCAGGUGAGCAUGCGUUGUGGGAUCCGGUGGUCAACACCUUCCGCGCGUUCGGAGACUGGCAUGAUCUCUCGCUCAUGGCUGGUGUCUCUGUCAUUCCCGAGCACUCUUACGCGGACACCGUUAUCGGGAUGGCGCAGCAGGACACUGCAGAUAUGCUCCUUCUCCCCUGGAGCGAGACUGGGACACUGGCCGACCACCAUAACGGCCUGGAAAUUGACGACGCAAAUCGUUUCUCCAACGGCGCCUACACAAGCUUCAUUUCUGAUAUCUUAGAGCGGGUCACAGGCCAUGUCGGCAUCCUAAUAGAAUACAGCGCAGCCUCGGCCUCAUCAAAACGACCUGUUAUCUCACGCACCGCCAGCGGUAUGAGCCUGCAGGGCUCCAUCUUCGCCCGUCAGGCAACUGGCAGCCGCUCCCACCAUAUUGUCCUUCCCUACUUUGGCGGCGAUGACGACCGCUUUGCUCUUCGAUUGGUCCUGCAGCUUGCUAAGAAUGACCAGGUCACUGCAACUGUUAUUCAUAUUGGCGGAUGGAGCAGCGAUAGCACCACAAUAGGAGCAGAGACGUCUGCCUCGAGCUCGAAUGCGGUUCCCGCGUCCAGUUCUCAAUCUGACAUGGUCUUCUUCGAGACACUCCGUGAUUCAGUACCAGAGGAACUUCAAGAACGCGUCGUCUUCAACCAAGCAGCCGUUAACGAUACUAUCACCGACCCGGCCCAAAUGGCUGUCCUUUCUGUCCGCGAAGAACUUAACCAGACAUUCAACAAGGCGAACAACAUUGUUAUCAUUGGUCGUCGUAGUAUCCCUUCCACGACCGAGCUGGGUCUUUCGGAAGACGGUGUUGGACAUGAUACCCGUCGGGCUCUGGGAGCUGUCGGUACUGCGAUGGUACGGCCCGAGAGCAAGAUUUACGGUAGUGUGUUGGUGCUGCAGGCUGGUACCGACACUGGGUUGGCUGAUUACUAUCGCUGA